CCACCUUACAGGCCGAGACACAGACGAGAGGGAGGAUAAUGGGAGGGAUGCAAAGGAGGUGGGCUUAAUAAGAGAGGAGGGGACGGGGCACACAGUAAGAAAGCGGGGUAAAAAAAGAGUGGGACUGUAGCUUGAAGCAGGUGGUCAGGAGAGUCGGUGUAGAUAUGCUCUGCAGCAGUGUGUUGAGUGGAUGAAGAGCGCAAGCGGUCUUUAAAAUAGAUUAGAUGCUUAACUUUCUGCAGUGAAAGUCUGUGAAUGGACCUUUUGAGCUUUUCGUCUUUGGAUGAUCCAGAAUGCUGAGAAGAGGAUGAAUCUUCCAGGUCAUCUGAGACGUCCACGUGUCUGCUCUGCUGUCCCUCAUCGACAGUCCUCAGGUCCCUCCAGGGCUCCAUCUGCCUCCUUGCUCUUCCCCCUUUGCCCCUGUCCAGGUCCCUCCCCCCUCCCCUACCCCCAGUAGUGACCGUCCCAGAGGGGAGGAAAGGCGAGCCAGCCCCUGUAAAUAUGCCUGGAUGGAGGUCUCAGUGGCGUCUCGUCCUGCUGAACUCCUUGACCUGUGGCCUGGAGAUCUGUGUGGCAGCUGGGAUCACGUACGUGCCCCCGCUGCUGCUGGAGGCUGGGGUAGAGGAGCGCUACAUGACCAUGGUGCUAGGUAUUGGGCCGGUGCUCGGCCUUCUGUUCAUCCCUCUGAUUGGCUCAGCCAGUGACCACUGCAACAGCAGUUAUGGCAGAAGGAGGCCUUUUAUCUGGCUGUUGUCUCUGGGAGUCCUUGUGGCACUUUGCAUCAUUCCGCACGCUGACAUCCUGGCAGCACGUCUGGCAUGGGGCGGGCGCACCCUUCAGGUGGGCUUCCUUAUCCUCGGUGUGGGGCUCCUUGACUUUUGUGGACAAGUGUGUUUCACGCCGUUGGAGGCUCUUUUGUCAGACUUGUAUCGAGACGAGGAGGACUGCGGCCAAGCCUUCGCUAUGUUCUCCUUCAUGGUCAGCGUGGGAGGCUGUGUGGGUUAUUUGCUACCUGCACUGGACUGGAGUAGCGGCAUGCUCUCUGUUUACCUUGGAGGCCAGGCCGAGUGCCUCUUCUCUCUCCUCAUCUUCAUCUUCGUCUCCAGCGUGCUCAUCACCAUGAAGGUGUCCGAGGAGCCCUCGUGCGCCAGCAGCAACUUGGCAGGACCGGGAUCUUUACUGGAGUCCACGCCUGUUUCGAUAGAGGCAGGCCGAUGCGGCGUCCCACGCUCCUGCUGCUACCUGUUUAAGUGCAAGCUGAGGGUGCUCAAGUCUGGACCUCUGCUGUGCUUACUGAGAACAUGCUGGUCCAUGACCCCGGCCAUCUACAGGAGCUACUGCCAUGUCCCGCGGGUGAUGAGGCAGCUGUGUGUAGCUCAGCUUUGCAGCUGGAUGGCUGUCAUGUGUUUCAUGCUUUUUUACACAGACUUUGUGGGGGAAGGCCUGUACGAGGGUGUGCCCAGUGCAUCACCAGGAAGUGCGUCCAGGCAAAGAUAUGAUGAAGGAAUCCGUAUGGGUAGUCUGGGCUUGUUCUUGCAGUGUGCUACCUCAACCUUCUUCUCUUUGGUCAUGAGUCGUCUGGUUCGCCAUUUUGGGUCAAGAUGGGUGUACCUGAGCAGCAUGGUGAGCUUCACGCUCUCCGCUUUGGUCAUCUGUCUGUCCAAAAGUGUCGUCUUGGUGACUGUAAUGGCAGCUCUUACUGGCUACGCAUAUGCAACGCUGCAGACUCUGCCUUACACACUCACCUGCCAUUACCACAAGGAGAAAGAGGUCUACAUGCCAAAAAGGAUAACCAAAAGCAUACAUAAAAAUGGCAUAACAGCCAAGCGGGACUCUGCAUAUUUGACUCCUGUAGAAGACGAGGAUGGACAAAACCACAAAGCAGGGGCCCCUUACAGGCACGUCUUCUUGAACCAGGAUGGUUUUGAGUACUUUCCCAGCCCACAAAACCAGAACGGCUCAUCUCACAACGCCACCGAGCCGGAUGAGGCCGAGUUGGGUUGUGAGAAACGUGGCGUGGGCUUGGACUUCGCCAUCUUAGACAGCACCUUCCUCCUCUCUCAGGUUUUCCCCACCCUUUUCAUGGGCAUGAUUGUUCAGUUUGCACAGUCCGUUACUGCCUACAUCGCCUCCUCUGCCAUCUUCGGAGCCGUCGCCAUCUACUUGGCCACUCAAAUCGUGUUUGACCAAAAGGACCUCAAGAGCUGAGAGCUGGACGCAAAAGAAGGGAGAUGGAUGGAAUCGCAAAUAAUCAGUCAAUCAAUCAUUGAGGUUCCAUUGGUGCAACUCAGCAGCGCACUACUGGUGGCAGAAGUAACAGCUCUUAGCUUUUAUGAAAGCUCUGCAAUAAGGAAGUGCAUCUGUCAGCGUGUGGGAGGGUAUGAGAAAGUGGCUAAAAAAGAAAAAGUCACAAGGACCACGUUGGCUCUCGGUGGUAUGCGGUGUGGGUGUUACAGCAGGAAUUGUUACCCGAAGAGUCAACUGUGUUUUUCAGGUCAGGUGUAGUACACUGUACUGAAAGGUAUUGAAUUCUAUAGAAAUCUGGUGACAUAAUUUCUGUCCAUCUUUUUCCUCAGGUAGCAUCAAACAGUUUUACUGUAGAACUCCUCAAUCUCAGAUACACAACUACUAACCUUUGUUGUUGUUUUUUUUCUUCACAUUCAGAGCUAUCCACAGUUUUUUUUUUUAAAGUAUCAUCUGUUUUAUAUUUGUACCAUGUCUCACACAGAAUUGAGCUCAGUAAGGCAUUCUGAGGACGUGUUGUUUUUAUUUGAGGUUUCAUUGGAGGGUGAAUCCCACCCUCCAUUCAAUGAAUGCAUUGUUUUAACCCGUUUAGAGAGCAGAACCACAAGUAUGACCACUGGACUAGUCUGUCCAGGAUGAAUAACACACAUAAAGGGUUGCUCCAGUUACGUAGACGUGUAAGCCCACAAAACUGUGACCUGCCGCAGGCGAAUUUAAAAAGAACGUUUUUUUCUUUCAUUGAGUCUCUGUAAUAAGUGCUUUCGGACUAAAUUAUUCUAAGGGAAUCUCUGGGUGCAACUACAUACCUUCAAGGGAUUUUUUGUUUCCUCCUUUGGCUGUUGGCAGGCAGUUGUUGUAGCAGUGGCACUUAACCUGGACUUCACCAUCAGUCCGCUUCUCCAUGAAUUGUUCCAUUUUUAGCUAAAAAAAAAAAAAAAAAAAAAAAAUGAGACAGCUCUGUCUUGAAUAGCUGACAUUUUCCAGUGUUGUGACAUUUUUUUUACAAUGCUGUUUGCGUGAGCUGUGAAGGUACCUUCUCUGAGUGCAAGCUAAAAUAAAAAAGAACUGAGUUUUAAGAACCUCUUAGUAUGUGCAGAGUCCACAAUAUAGGAGAAAAACAAUAAAAUAAAUCCUGUCCGAGUUCGAAAGCGCUUAAUGACUCAAGCUCCAAAUUGAUGCAUCCUCCAUUUCCCACAAUGCAACUUUCUGCCACCUCUCAUUAGACUAGUCCUACAUGCUAAACGUCAUUAUCUUUUAAUCUAAUGUUUGUAAGGCAGGUUUUCUGACAAUUAUUUUAAACCCACAGUUCAAAAUAAGCCUAAUGAUUUUAACAUUAGUAAAAUAGGUGGAACUUAUAUAAAUCUACCUGCAUUCUCUAGCUCCUCUGCCUAUCUCAUGUCAUUCUGUUACUUAACGGACAGGUUUACUGAAAAUAUUUUUGUACACAUUUACUGUAUUAUCCCUAUGGGAGUUUCAUUAUGCAACCUGCUGAGGUGAGGUUAUCAUCUGUGGUGGUUUAAGAGUUUACUCGAACUGGAAUACUGCGUCAAACGUCCUCCGUUUAGAUAAUCAGGAGAAGUCUACUCUAGCGGACAGCCGGUCCCAUCCAGCUACACUUCUGACCCAGAGCCGUCUCAGGUUAGCGCUUUGCUUUAGUGUCCCAUCCUGAUUUUAUGCCACUAUGCCACGCGCUGUCCCUGUUUCUUGAACCGUCGUGUUUUACUGUAUUUUCAAAUGACAAUCUAUUACAUCCAGAUGGGCUCGUUAUAUAAUGCUGGUUGCCAACGGUAAACAUGUCAGGGGAUGUCUCAUGGAUGCUCACAUCACAGCAGCCAUUCCUGAAAAGACCAAAAAAAAAAAAAUAUAUAUAUAAAAAAAAUCUUUAAAAAAAGUCAUGCAGUAAAUGGAAACAUUAAGUUACUGAUAAUCAGUGUGGGCACUGUGUACUGAUGGGCUGAUGGUUACGCUUAGUUUAAACGUGUGUGUGCAUAAGAUGGCGGACAGAUCACGAGAAAGCAUUACUAAUAUUUAAGUGUGAGGUUAAGUGUAUGCAGGGAUUUUGUGUGUGUGUGUAUUGGCUUGUCCUGAAAUGCUGUAUAUGCUACGCGCUGUGGCGUCUCAAAGUGGCAAGAUGAUGUAGUCACCAGGCUCGCAAAGCAAUGAGUGAGUGAGUUUUAAAAAUAAAUUAGCUUUAGCAGAUAGAAAAAAAAAAAGUCCUGAAGGAUCGUAUUGCCGGAGUUGCGUCUCGGCACGUGAGAGCAGAGGAUUUGUCACACUGACUUUUCUUGCAGAGUAAAACGCUCAAGCAACCAAUUCAUCCCUUUCACCCCGAAAUGCACAGGAAGCUAUUGUCCGGGCAGAGUCUCCGCAAGUCUCAGAGAGGGGUUAUUUUACAAGUGCCUGUACAUUUUUCACACGUUUUGUACAUAUGUAUUUAUUUAUUAUGCUUUCAUUGCAAAAAAAAAAAAAAAAAAAAGCAUGUAUUAAACUAUUUGGACUGUUUGGCAUCUUUUCGAGGUGCAAGGGUGAAGGCUGUUUCUGUGAAAAAGAUAAAUUAUUUUGUAUAGGUAGACGCAUCCUCAAAGCUAUAAUUUAUUUUAACAGUACCCACUUUAUUCUGUAGCUUUGGUAACAACACACAGUGUAUUUGCUGAUCCGUGUGUCAGUUCAAAUCAGUGAGAAUACUGAAAGUUUCGGUAUCAGUGCAGCGGGUAUCAACUGAAUACUUUAUUCCCGUCACACAACUGAGAUGCUUUGUGAGUUUUUUUUUUUUUUUUCUUCCCAUGGUGCAGCUGGUGCAAAUAAGAAGUCUUGUCAUUUUGUCAAUACCGCUUUAUCUGGGUUUUAUAUAACCACUUGUUUCUUUUUGUCAGAGACGGAUAUCUUUAACUGGAUGGGUGGAGUUGUUUCCCAAAGCCAAAUGUCCUGUAACAUUAAGAAGUGCCAAUGGUCAGACUUUAUUAAGGCCAGAAGUUGCUGUUUGUUUGUUUUUUUUGUUUUGUUUUUUCAGUUUCAGUCAAUUAUGUCAUUGUCAUUAAUGCAUUCAGCCAUAACAAGAAGUUGUAUUUCAUUUUCAUUAUACAUUUUAUCAGAUUGUGUAUAAAUAUGCAGUUAUGAAAUAGAUUUUAUACAAAAUAAAUGAGCUGCAUUGUCAAAAA